GUGUGGGAGGAUUCACUGCGUCAGCUGAUCCGCCCGGACGCCAGACAGGUCACAGCAUGGAGACAUUACUGGCCAGCUCUGAGAAUCGGUGCGGCCCCCGGGGACACGGUGGCCCGUCACCUGGGGACGGUGCGGCCAUGGAAGCGUAAACAUGGAUUCCCUGCCCCCUGGAUAGUCUGGAUAGAACAAGCAGAGGAUAUUGAUGCUCAGGAAUCUCAAACUCCUUCAGUUAACCAGCACCUGAACACGUGGGAGGGAUUCACUGUGUCAACUGAGCCGACGAGGCACCAUAAAUUCCCCAGCAUGGAGACAUUAUUCACUAGCUCCGAGAGUGAACUGCGAUUCACUCAAUCUUCCCACCAGCAAGAUCGCGCUGUGGAGAAACCAUUUCUCUGUCCCGAUUGUGGGAAGGGAUUCACUCAAGCAAACAACCUGAAGAGACACCAACAGCAAGUUCACGGUGAGGAGAGACCAAUUCCCUGUCCAGACUGUGGGAAGGUAUUCUCUCAAGCCUGCCACCUGAAGAGACACCAACAGCGAGCUCACACUGAUCAGAAAACAUUUCCCUGUCCCGAUUGUGGGAAGGGAUUCUCUCAAGCCUGCAACUUGAAGAAACACCAGAUAAUUCACACGGGGGAGAAGCCCUUCAUCUGUUCUGUUUGUGGGAAGAGAUUUACUGCAUCCUCUGGGCUACAGAGACACCAGCUGAUUCACACUGGGGAGAGGCCAUUCACCUGUUCUGAGUGUGGGAAGGGCUUUGUUCAAUUGGCAAACCUCAGGACACACUAUCAAAUUCACACCGGGGAGAGACCGUUCAUCUGCUCUGAGUGUGGCAAGGGAUUUACACAAUUAUGUGGGCUGCAGAAACACCAGCGAAUUCACAUUGGAGAGAGACCGUUCACAUGUUCUGUGUGCGGGAAGGGAUUUACUGAUUUCUCUGGGCUACAGACACACCACCAGAUUCACAGCGGCGAGAGGCCGUUCAUCUGCUCUGAGUGUGGGAAGGGAUUCACUGAUUCUUCCAGCUUGCUGACCCACCGGCGAAUUCACACUGGGGAGAGGCCGUUCACUUGUUCCGUGUGUGGGAUGGGAUUUGUACAGUUAUCUCAGCUACAGACACACCAGCCUAUUCACACCGGGAAGAGGCCAUUCACUUGUUCUGUGUGUGGGAAGGGAUUUAUACAUUCAUAUCGGCUACGGUCACACCAAAGGAUUCACACUGGCGAGAGGCCGUUCGCCUGUUCUGUGUGUGGGAAGGGAUUCACUGGGUUGAACUACCUGAAAAAACAUCAACGACUUCACACCACGGAGAGGCCGUUCCCUUGUUCUGUGUGCGGGAAAGUAUUUAUAGAUACAUCUCGGCUACAAUUACACCAGAGGACUCACACUGGGGAGAGGCCGUUCGCCUGUUCUGUGUGCGGGAAAGGAUUCGCUGGGUUGAACUGCCUGAAAAGACAUGAGCGAGUUCACACCGGGGAGAGACCGUUCACUUGUUUUGUGUGUGAGAAGGGAUUUAUGGAUGCAUCUCAGCUAAAAUCACACCUGCGGACUCACACGGGAGAGAAGCCGUUCACUUGUUCUGUGUGUGACAAGGGGUUUGGUAAAUUACAUGGGCUACAAAUACACCAGCGAAUACACACUGGGGAGAAGCCGUACACUUGUUCUGUGUGUGAGAAGGGGUUUACUAACUUAGCUGCGUUACAGAGACACCAGAGAAUUCACACUGGAGAGAGGCCGUACACCUGCUCUGAGUGUGGGAAGGGAUUCAUUCAGUCUUCCCAGCUGAAGACCCACCAGCGAGUUCACGCUGCGGGGAAACCAUUUGCCUCUCCCAACUGUGGGCAGGUUUGCAUUGUUGAUCUGGAGACCAACCAGCAAAUUCACACUGAGUAGAGGCCGUUCACCUGUUCUGUGUGUGGGAAGGGAUUCACUCUGUCUCCCAACCUGGUGACCCUCAUGUGUGUGUUCACACUGGGGGAAGGCAGUGGGGGGGGGGUGGUUGCUGAAUCUGGUUGCAAGUUCAGGUUGCAAGUCCACAAGUGUCUGCUGCUGUUGGAGUCUGUGGUUUCUGCUGCUGCUCAUCACGUCUAGGACUGAAUCUUGGUCACUGGGCUCAGUUGGGGUUUUGAGUUUAUUUUAUUGUUUUUGCCACGUGUACUGAGGUACAGUGAAAAGCUUUUACAUGGGGUGAAGCCUCGCGGGCGCUGGCAGUCGUGGAUGGGCCACAUGGGAGCCGGAUGACGCACUGCAGGGCAUAAAA